AUGGAACCAGUACUUUGCAAAUGAAAUCCUAAUCACAAGAGGAAAAUGGCAGCUGAAAAUCCCAUCUAUGAUCUCUUUAAGCUCUGAAAAACUGGGUGUGCUGUGCUCUUCCACCAGCACUGGGCUGGGAGCAGAGCACAGGGGAGAGGAGGGCUCUGCUGUCUGGCCCUAGCUGCUAGAGCUGUUGUGUGUCUCUAGGUGCAGCUGCAGGAUAGGAAUGAGAGGCUGUAUGGGCUUGGAGACCUGCAGGAGAGGAUGGGAAAGCUGGCUGGCUCCAAAACAGAUUUGUCAGCCAGAAUGGUCUUCAGUGAAGAGGACAAACUGAAGAUUUCCAAAGACCUUGUUGAUCUCCAGAUUGAGACAAACAAAAUGAAGGAACAGUAUGAGACGGAGAACUUUAAACUGAAAAAUAUGGUCCUGGCCCUGGAGAACCGUGUGCUGGAGCUGGAGCUCUGCAGUGAGAAAGUCACUGGGGAGCGGAAUGCCUUACAGGAACAUCUGCGUGCUCUGGAGAGCAGUCAGAAGGAGCUGGCAGAUGAGUACAUCAUCUUGAAAAGCAAUUACCUGGCCCUAGGCAAAGAACUGGACCAGGAGGUCAUGAAGAAUGAAGAGCUUAGCCUAGAGCUGCUCAACCUGGCCAAUGCCAGGACUAACCUUCCCCGCACAGAGAGCAACCACUACCACUCCCCAGCUGUGGCUGAUGAGUCCUCUGUUGAGCUGGAAAGAGUGCGAGCAAUGGUGCACCGUGUCUCAGCUUGGAAGGUGAAGCCAGAAGAUGUAGUUGCCUCUGAACACGAGCGGCAAAAGCUGGAGAGAAAUUUGCUUGGAAACCAGGAUCACAUAAAAGUCGAGCUUGAAAAACUGAAGAAAUCCUAUGAUUUGCAGCAGCAGAAGCUGGAAGAGAGAGUGAUCGCAAUGGGGAAGGAGCUGCAGGAGGUGAAGGCAGUGACUGGGGACACCCAACACAAGCUGGCGGAGCAGUCAGCGGUGCUGCUCACCUCCCAGAGCCAGCUCCAAGAGGUGGAAGCUGAGAACUCCCGGCUGCAGCUCCAGCUGAAGGAGCUGAACGAGGAAUAUCGCUCCCGGCUUGCGCAGUACGUCAAGGACAUGGCGGACUACAUGGACAGCAAAUCCAGCAAUGUAAUGGGGACUAGCAAAGCCCCAGCCAAUCAUGCUCACAUGAAAGGCUUUGUGGACAGCAUACUGAAGGAUAUCAGGGCUUCCUACAAGUCUCGGGAAGAGCAGCUAGCUGGAGCGGCACGUGGCUACAAGAAAAGCAUGAAGAACUUGGUCAAGAAGCAUGAGAACCUGCUGAUUGCUUACAGGCUCCAGCGAGAGCAGAUCCGGUCCUUGGGCAGCAGCGCUAUGGAUUGUGGCCCUGCCGAGCUCCACUUUUCCAUCACAGACCCAGAGCUGUUGACAAACACAACCCGGGAGCUAAACCAGCUGCGGGAGGAUAAAGCAAAACUGGAGAUGCAGCUACAUGAAUUGCAGAAGAAAACACUGAAAGAAACCUCUGGCCUUCCGCUGUCUCCUGAGCAGCAGCUGGAUGAGGAGGGGUGGGCAGAGGUCAGGAAGCAGCUCCGGGAGUUCACACGCACCACCCAGGAGAAUUUGGAGCAGGAGAGGAGCCAGCUGCUGACUCGGGCAAUCGUGGCAGAAGAGCAGGUGUCAGAGCUGCAGGAAUACAUAAAUAAGCAUCUUGCAAGGUACAAGCAGGAGAUCCUCCGGCUGAGGAAUCUCGCUGGCAGCGAGGUGCCACGUGCACUCAGUGCUGGGGCGGCCAAUACUCACUCACAGCCCGGAGCCAGAAGGACCACCAGCCACCAACCGUAGCUCUUCCCCAUAGCUCUGAGAAGCGGCACGAUCAUAGGAAAGAGCAGGAUUUAAAAGGAAGGAGCUUUCUGUUGUGUGGGCUGGCCAGGGCAAGUAUCCUUCAGCAGCUGAGAGCUGGGAGGCACAGCGAGGGAAACCAUGUGGGUAUUCUCAGUCUCAAAUUAACAGUACUAAAAUGGGAUGAGACAACUGCAUCUUGUCUAUCCUCUGACCCCUCAGCUGUAGGAACUGUGCUGUUCCCUGAGCACAUCACAUCUUGGGACAUGGGGUUAGGUUCCCAGGCAGCUUUUUAGUGUGGGGUUGCAGAGACAGGUUUCCAUUCCUGCCUCCUAGGACACUGCCAUAACGUUUCUCCUGGGUCAGACCUAGACCAGAGUCCAAGGGCUAACUCUGCUCCUGCCUUUGUUCCUUCUCAGCUUCUAAGAGAUAAGGCCAGGGCUGGUUCAAGCUAGACUUUGGUCUAAGAGGUUAGACAAAGUGGAUGAGCUGCUCUUUUAUGGUGGGAAAACCUCUUCUUCCCCUAUGUUUGAGUGGAAAAGGGAAUGCUAUAUAAGGUGAGCAGAGCCAAACUGAUCCUUCAGUGGGAGGUGAGCAACUCCCUCCUAGGCUCAAAGAGCUGGUGGAGCAAAGCCUGAGGCUGGGAGCAGCAGCUGCUCUGGCUCCAGG